AUGUCUCUUAAUCACUCUCUUUGCUUUCUCCUCCUCCUCUCUAUCUGCCAUGGCUCUUACAGUCACAGCCGGGGCCUCCGACCACGUAGAACUCCUCAUCUCGAUGGGCUUCUCCCAAAUGGCAACUUUGAGCACAUCCCUCUCAAAUCAAACAUGAAGGGUCGACAAAUAAUCGGCGCAAACUCUCUCCCUAACUGGCAAAUCUCCGGUCACGUGGAGUUAGUCUCCGGUGGACCUCAGCCCGGAGGAUUCUAUUUCCCCGUCCCACGUGGGGUCCACGCGGUUAGACUAGGAAGCUUAGCCUCUAUCUCGCAAGACGUGAGAGUGAAGCGUGGCUUGGUCUACUCUAUAACGUUUGGAGCCACCAGGAGUUGUGCUCAGGAUGAGAACAUCAAAGUCUCUGUGCCUGGCCAGGCCAAUGAGCUUCCCAUCCAGACAGUCUUUAGCUCUGAUGGUGGCGACACUUACGCUUGGGCUUUCAAGGCAAUGUCCGACGUGGUUAGAGUCACUUUCCAUAACCCUGGUGUUCAAGAAGACCGUACGUGUGGACCCCUAGUAGAUGUUGUUGCUAUCAAAGAGAUUCUCCCUCUCCGGUAUAGUCGAGGAAACUUGGUGAAAAACGGAGGGUUCGAGAUUGGUCCACACAUAUUCACUAACUACUCUACCGGAAUCUUGAUUCCGGCAAAGAUCCAAGACCUCAUCUCUCCACUUCCGGGAUGGAUCAUCGAGUCCCUCAAACCAGUGAAGUAUAUCGAUAACCGUCAUUUCAAGGUUCCGUUUGGACUCGCAGCCGUCGAGCUCGUUGCCGGAAGAGAAAGUGCAAUUGCUCAGAUCAUCCGCACUGUCACGGGGAAGGCAUAUAUGCUCUCUUUCACGGUGGGAGACGCGCAAAAUGGCUGCCAUGGGUCAAUGAUGGUAGAGGCAUUUGCAGGAAAACAACCGUUCAAGCUUCCUUUAGUGUCAGAAGGUAAGGGAGCUUACAAAACCGGACAUUUUAGGUUUGUUGCUGAUUCAAACCGUACUAGGUUGACUUUUUACAGUGCGUUUUAUCACACUAAGCUUCAUGACUUCGGCCAUCUUUGUGGACCUGUUCUUGAUAGUGUUAUUGUACUCCCGACUCAUUAAUAAUUUGAAGGGUUCUUCUUGAUUACAUCCAGACUGAAUGUUACAAUAAAAAAAAC